GCUCACUUAAAUGUACUGUCCACUUUUAACAAAACAAAAUUACUUUUUUGUUGCUUUAAUUUUGUGGCCGAGAUACGCGAAUGGCGCGCAUUCGGUCAGUCCGCACACCGCAGCGCGCCGCCGCCGGCCGUUCCAACAUGGACGUCGCAAAUGCGCGCCAAAACGUAUUCCAUUUUCAAAAAUGUUUACGUUCGUUCUUAAUUUAAAUAGCCUAAAUAAAAAGUGAUGUUCCAAUCAAAUUAAAAUUACCAAAGAUUUUGCUCAAUAUGAAUAAUUUAAAAUGGUCACGAAAUCGAUGUUUAAAAAAUGCUUGCUGUUUGCUGUGAUAUUUUUAAUGUGCACGUGUGAGGGGAGGAGAAAAAUUAAAAGAAAAGUGGAAAGUUUUAGUGAUGUGACUAGCAACUCACUUAAACGGAUUGUCAAAAACUCGAGUGACAUUGAAACUUCGCGCGGAUUUUUCCCGCCAGGUGGCCUCUUCACUCUCGGCAAGGUUCUCAACUUCUUUCCAGUGGGCGGCGAGCGCGAAUGUCAACCGACAGGCUACAAGACUGCCCGCGCCGGCAUCUGCCUGAAUCCGUACGACUGCCGUCAGCGGGACGGACAGAGCGCCGGCGACUGCGCGCACGGACUGGGAGUUUGUUGCGUGUGUAAGUAUAUAUCACACUACAAGACUGCCCGCGCCGGCAUCUGCCUGAAUCCGUACGACUGCCGUCAGCGGGACGGACAGAGCGCCGGCGACUGCGCGCACGGACUGGGAGUUUGUUGCGUGUGUAAGUAUAUAUCACACUACAAGACUGCCCGCGCCGGCAUCUGCCUGAACCCGUACGACUGUCGUCAGAGGGACGGACAGAGCGCCGGCGACUGCGCGCACGGACUGGGAGUUUGUUGCGUGUUUGAAGUGUCCUGCGGCGGGGUGGUCCAGAACAACCUCACGUACUUCAUAUCCCCUGGUUUCCCGGAGCUCUGGACCGGAGAGAGGGACUGCAGCAUCACUGUGGAGAAGACGCACGCCGGCAUCAUGCAGCUGAGGAUCGACUUCGUACACUUUACUAUUGGCCAACCCAACCGGCUGACAGGGGAGUGCGACGAGGACGUCAUGAGCGUGGGCGAGGGAGACAACGAAUUCAGGAUCUGUGGACAAAACCAUGGCCAGCACAUAUACUACACUCUAUCAACAACCAGCGAAAAACAUGACCUCGACGACGAGCUGCCCUCAUCAGCGUCGACCAAAAUCACAGUGCGCAUGCGCGGGAGUGACAUGCCCAGACUUUGGUUGCUACGGCUCGCGCAGAUGCCUCUAGCUCAUUCUGCACCACACGAUUGUAGACAGUAUUACACGAGCAAUAACGGCACAAUAAGGACCUUCAACUACGCCGUGAACGGGAGACAUUUGGCGAACCACGAGUACAGAGCGUGCAUAAGACGUAACUCUGGGAUAUGCUCCGUCAGAUACACCCCGUGUGACAACCGGUCUUUUAGGAUAGGAGGCGCGCAGCAGGUAGACGAUGUGAUGGAAGACGAGAUGAUGCCAGUAAACGAGGUCCAGAACCAGGAGGAUGAGAUGGAAGGGUCAGGAGCUGAUCCUCAGAUCGCACCGGCUGUGCAAGCCACGCCUGCACCCAGUAUGGCUUCCAGGAUCUGGAGCUAUAUUUGGCCCCCCUGGCUCUGGCAGGCCCGCACGCUGUCCUGGCACUGGUCGCCCUAUGCUCAACACUACGCGCUGCCUGAAGAUGACAGGAUCCGGUACACCGGUUAUGGGCAGUUCGGGGAGGGGCUGAAGGGGGGUUAUGGGAGGCUGCGAUGCAGGGACAGGAUCACGAUUCCGUGUGAGAACGAGUAUUUUGUGUCGAGCUCUGCCCUGAUGUCUGGCGUCUGCGACCCCCACCACUGCGGCUCCUCUUUCUGUCCAAACAGAAGUCCUAGGGACUGCCACGUCGACACCUCCAUAACGCCCUUCGCAGUGUCCGUGCACUUCGGCCCGCCGUCUUUGAAGCGUAAUCCUGAGGAGAACAUAGGCGCAUGUUUGAGGUAUACGCAAGUGCCUUGCGAAGCAUGAUGUGGAUAUUUUUGGGCACUUUGGAGCGCUAUAUUUGAAACUUAAUCUUAAAGAGAACAUAGGCGCAUGUUUGAGCUAUACGCAAGUGGCUUGCGAA